CGAUUUGUCAGCUGGCUGAGUGUAGUCCAGAGAGGCUGCGUUUGCGCCAGACUUUAGUCCGGUCGCUUGCUUGUAGAGGCGACCCCGUCGCGCUGGAAUUUAAAAGUGCAAGCGACGAAUCGCGCAGGCAGCUCCCGACGACUCCACGACGCACAAUGACGAGAGAAACAAAAGAGACUUGUUGUUUUCAAUCUACCAGCAGCUAAACCGGCUAACAUUAGCCGACGUAACUGGGACGACACUGAGACGGGACUUAUCCGGAAGGACCCAGUGUGCAUCCUCGUCGACCUAAAGCCGAACUGGGUUGACUGUCGGUUACCCAUGGCUGCUGUGGUUGGUUACACGCCACCGUGGUGGGUCAACCUGCUGCACCGACUUCCACGUUUCAGCUUCAACUUAGAGCAAACGAGCAGCGAUUUUCAGCCGUGGAAGUGGACGUAUCAACAGUCCAUCCUGUUAGUUGGAGGUGUGGCGCUUGCCUGUCUGGCUCUGGACCUGCUGUUCCUGCUCUUCUACUCCAUUUGGCUGUGCUGUAGGCGCAAUAAAAACCCGGACCAACCCUCGGCCGACUGCUGCUGCACCGCCUGGUGCGUCAUCAUCGCAACACUCGUGUGCAGCGCCGGAAUUGCUGUGGGUUUCUAUGGGAACGGCGAGACUUGCGACGGAGUGAAUCGGCUGACUUAUUCCCUGCGCCACGCAAAUCGCACAAUCACCGGUGUGCAGAAGCUGGUUUCCGACGGCACGUCCUCACUGAACGGGAUAGUACAUGGCAAUCUGAAGGUGCUUGAGGUGCAGUACUCCCAGCACAGAGACUCCCAGUCAAUCAUCCGAAAUCUGAAGGACCAGCUGGACAAGCUGGUCGGGCAGAUGGUGAAGAUCCCCUUCUGGGACAACAGUAAGAACCCAGUCUCUCUGGAGGAGCUGGCUGUCAAGAUUGAAGUGUAUGACUGGUACAGGUGGCUGGCCUAUCUCUGUCUGCUGCUCUUCGAUGUCCUCAUUUGUCUGCUGGUGCUGUUCGGCCUCAUUCGCAACUCCAAGGGGACGCUCAUCGGGGUGUGCUUGUUUGGUGUUGUGGCUCUGGUGGUCAGCUGGGCCUCACUGGGGCUGGAGUUGGCUCUCUCUGUGACCUCCAGCGACUUCUGCGUGGCUCCUGACACAUACAUCACCCAAGCGGUUGCCAGCUAUAGAGUAGUCCAUAAAGAAAUCCUCGAGUACUACCUAAGUUGCGAUUUGGAGCUAACCAACCCCUUCCAGCAGAAGCUAUCUGUGAGCCACAAAGCGCUCGUCGAGAUGCAGGACGACGUGCUGCAGCUUCUGAGCUCCGCCACUGGGGAAUACAAUCUUACUCGGGCAAGUUUGGAGCAGAUCCAGCGGAUACUGAACACGACUGAGAUCGGCCUUCAUCAGCUCACCGCGCUGGUGGACUGCCGCAGCCUGCACUUGGACUACGUGCAGGCCUUAACGGGUGUGUGCUACGACGGAUUGGAGGGCCUCAUCUACCUGCUGCUCUUCUCCUUCGUGACGGCUCUCAUGUUCAGCUCCAUCGUUUGCAGCGUGCCUCACACCUGGCGCAAGACGCGGUUGGACAAUGACAAUGACAGUGACUCACUGGGCCGCGGCGGGAGGCAGAACCAAGACAACCUGUACCGCGUCCACAUGCCCAGCCUGUACAGCUGUGGCAGCAGCUUCGGCAGCGAGACGUCCAUCCGCGCCGCCGCGCAUACCGUCAGCAACGCACCCGUCACAGAGUACAUCAGGGCUCAGAACGCCAACUUGCCCAACUCCCGUACGGAAAACACACCCUUGAUCGGACGAGAGUCUCCGCCACCCUCUUACACCUCCAGCAUGCGGGCAAAGUACCUCGCUAACAGGCAACCAGAGCCCAACCCCCCCGCGUCAGUUUAGCCGGAACCGGAUUCAAAUGGCUGACAUCUUGAAAGCCACACCGCCUUGUUUUUUGUUUUUGUUUUUGUUUUUGUUUUCCCUCCCCUCUUUAUUGGCUUCCUGUUAUCAUCUCGUUGGAAGAUCUUUGGAUCGCUCAUACUUGGCGCUCACCUUUUAAUCCAGAUUCUUACCGUCAAAUCAGGUGUCAAUUUUCUGGAAUUGAUGAAUCCUGUAACCUGACAAAAGGAGCAUUUUUUUUUUCUUACCUGAAGUAUGAAGACCUUUUACAGAGCAGUGGAUCAGUCUCAUCGCGAUCUUGACUGAUUCUACAUUUCACAGUGUCUUUGCUACUUGUCUUAACUCUGAUGUUUGGGACCAGUCAUCGUGCAAAACUCAGAGCUUUUUAUUUUAUUUUUUUGUUGCUGUUGGAAAUCGUUCGACGACACUCGUGAGCUGCCAAGCUGUGGAUUUGGAGGAUUCAAUGAGCUGGCAAUACUGGCAAAGAAGCCGUCAAUGAGGGAGGAAGAAGACGUGCAAAUACUUGAGACGUCAACAUACUACUGGAAAACUAUUCUCAUAAUUUCACUCCGCAGUUUUAAUUUUCAGGCAUGACGACGAAACUCAACUGUGACUUCUCCAAAUCUGCCCGGCAGCAGCUAAGGGAGCUUUUGCAAUGCAGCCGUUAACAGUUAAUGUGAAGUGUGCAUUUUUUUUUCUUCUUUUUGUAGAGUUUCAAACAUUUUUGCAUUGGCAAUGCAGCAUCUGACAAACAAAUGUGUUUUAGCAUUUCUAACAAAUAGAUGACGACGACGAGUUUACGUCCAUUGUGCGCCGUCGUAUUUUGUUGGCAGGAGAACUUCCAGGCGGUGCCAAUCAAACUUUUAAAUGUCUUAAAUGAGCCUGAUUCCCCCUCCCAUACCCCCACCCCCUUCCCCCUCUGCCACCCUCAAUCAUUUUUUAUGCUCUGUACACUUGUUUUUGUUUGGCCAUUAUGUUCUCGCUCUUUGUGUGUCUUUGUUGGGUGAUGAACAUUUAUUGUAAAACAAAAAAACGUACUUUUAAAAAUUCCUGACUUUUCAAUUUUUUGUUUUGAUUUCCGUUUGAUUUUUAGAGUCUGAAGCCAGCACAUUGUGUUGCUUCAUUCAUGCGGUAGCUAUUUUCAUUUUUAAUCAGGUUUACUCUCUGAAGUUUUUAUACAAACGCUUUAACAUGUACAUGGGAGAAAACAAACAAACAAAACUGUGGUUGUAUUGAGUUUGACUUUGUCGCGUUUACAAAAAUAAAAAAAUAAGACCAAAUUGAA